AAGGAUGGAGAGUAGUAGAGAUAGCCAGAGAUGUUGUUGCCAGGGAACAGUGACAAUGAGACAGGCUGUCCAUCUGUAGCAGCCCAGGAAUGAUAGGCAGAGAACAACAGACCUUCAACAGACCUUCAACAGACUUUCGCAGAGAAUUCUACACAACAGCUGAUAUUCAGAAAACAGAAAUGGCCCCUUCUUCAUGAGAGGAAGAGAGGAACCGUGAUUAAAACAGGCAAGGAUUUCACAGCGGUAGGAGUACACCUUCGGCAGGGGCGGAUUGGAGCCAGAGAGGCUGGCACCCGAGGCUUUGCGGACAGGCGAACCAGGAGGCAGAUCCUCCACAGAAAUGAACAGUGGCAGACAGAUGGAGAGACAGACGCGGCGGCCAUAGAGCCAAGACGAAGGGCACGCACCAUCCACAGAACGUUCCCUUUGUAAUGAGAGCGUGAGGAGCUCUCCCCCCCCCCACCCCGCCCCCUCCCCACCUCUGUCCAUCACGGCUUUCAGACUCUCUCCCACCCACUCAGCAGAAAGAAAGGGGGGGGGCGCUUUUGUCUCAGUGUCUGGGGGGACGAGAGGAACCUGCCCUCUCCCUGUUUACACCUGCCCCCCCGGCAGAGAGGAGUCACGGCCUGGGACUCGGCAUCCUUACGCGAGGCAUGUGCCAGCUACAGACUGACACUCCGACGUUUUUCCCUGUUUGCGCGUCGCUGGAUCAGCGCUAGGAGGGAGGACACAGAAAGCGAAUAAGGCUGGAGGGAACUGGAGAGACAGACAGAAAAAAGGAGUAGCCAUCCCUGCGAAUUGACCCAGGGCCCUCCACAACACCCCACACGCCUUCGGGAGGAUGGGCACCACAGAGGCGACUCUGAGGAUGGAAAACAUGGAGGUGAAAGACGAGUGGCAGGAUGAAGACUUCCCCAGGCCACUCCCAGAGGAAGGGGACAUGGAGUCUUCCUGUGGGCUGACUGACAACAGGACCUCUCCACCCACUUCCCUGAACAUGGACGCUGGGGGUGGGGGCGCAGCCAAUCGGAAACGGCGCACGCUGGUGGCCCCUGAGAUGAACCUUUCCCUCGACCAGAGCGACGGCUCCCUGCUGUCCGACGAGUUCCUGGACACGCCCGACGACCUGGACAUUAACGUGGACGACAUUGAGACGCCUGAUGACACAGAUUCUCUGGAGUUCAUCACCAAUGGCAAUGACCUGGAGUGGGAAGACGACACUCCGGUCGCCUCGGCGAAGGCUACCCCCGGCGAUGGGGCGGAACAUUCCGGAGAGGGCGGGAACGGGGCGGGCCGUCUGUGGCGCACGGUGAUCAUUGGGGAGCAGGAGCACCGUAUAGACAUGCAGGUCAUCCGGCCGUACCUCCGCGUGGUCACCCACGGAGGUUACUAUGGCGAGGGGCUGAAUGCCAUCAUCGUGUUUGCGGCCUGCUACCUGCCUGACAGCAGCUGUCCGGACUACCACUACAUCAUGGAGAACCUCUUUCUGUACGUGAUCAGCAGUCUGGAGCUGCUGGUUGCCGAGGACUACAUGAUCAUUUACAUGAACGGAGCCACGCCUCGCAGGAGAAUGCCAGGGAUUGGCUGGCUGAAGAGGUGUUACCAGAUGAUUGACAGGAGGCUGAGGAAGAACCUAAAAGCGAUGAUCAUCGCUCACCCGUCCUGGUUCAUUCGCACAGUGCUGGCCAUCUCAAGACCCUUUAUCAGUGAAAAAUUUAUGAACAAAAUCCGCUACGUGCACAGUCUGGAGGAGCUAGCUGAAAUCGUGCCGAUGGAGCACGUGCAGGUCCCGGAAUGCGUGGCGCAGUACGAUGAAGAGAGGAUUAAGGCUCAGAGGGAGAGGAUGGAGCAGGAACAACAGCAGUCACAGCUUUCAGCUGGAACAGAAAGGCCCAAGUCUAUGGCUGAGGAGCCAGGACAGUGAUUCCUCAUACUGGUGGAGGAAGAAGGCUGGAUAAAAGUUUGGGAAGAGAAGCUAAAGGGAGUUGAGGAGGUUAAGUCCUUGUUUUUAGAAACUGAGAUUGAAGAAAAGCUGGAUAUACAGUCAGCGGGCUCCCUCCUCCACCUGUCACCCCCCCACUCUGGAAAAAUUCAUUUGGCAGCGGAUAUGACAUUCCCCUUGCUAAUAUUACAUAAGGCAUGAAAAUUGCUAUCCUUUGUGCUGAAGAUAAUGCGUUCUUUACAAGAGUUUUUUUUUUUUUGCAUCUCUGUGAUUUCUGGAUUAACAGGCUGGUUAUGAAGAAAUGGACAACAUCCUCUGUUUUUGAAAUGUUUCAGGCUGCGUUUUUACAGAUGCUGCUGGUGUGCAUACAGACUGUCCCUUUAUGUACAUCCAAAAAACCAGCUAAAAUAAUUUUUUUGUAGCUGUCGUUGUUUAAUUUAUCAAGAACUGAUCAAUUUCAAUAAUUUCUAUAAACUCGCAUUCACAGUCCUGUGAAAUGGUAAGAUCAGUGCAUAGUCAAACCCACCUCCAUUUAUUUUCUUGUAUAACAGUCAUUCUAUAAUGGACACUCCAUUGUCUCUGCAUUCACACCAGUUGGAUCAAAGUGGAUGGCCCUGCAUCUAAUGGGAGCCCCUUUGUGAUGGCACCAACAGUAAGACCCAUACUGUAGCUGCGUGUACAACAGCGCCACCUGCUGGGCCUCCGGUUCCUCACCUUGGCAAGAACUUGAGCCUUUGGUCAUGUUUCAUGGCAUCAUGCGGCAUAAAUCACAUGUCUUUUAGCAUGUGGAUCAGCUGAGAUAAUAGGAACAGUAUAUGGGAUGAGCCAAGGAGAUUCUGUUGUAGUACUUACAUCGCAUGGUUUAGCUGGUCAGCAGACACUCUUGUCCUCUGCAGCUUGAAGAUUAUGAAGACACGCUGGAUAUUUGCUGAACUGUCUUCUUAAGGGCACACAGGUUUUCAACCUGCACCUCUCCAGCAGGUUGUAAAGCCACGUCCUCAAUCACUACACUACACCGCAUUUAACUAUGAUUGCUUUGUUUCUUGAAAGGGUUCCAAUGUCAUUAUUCAGUCACAUCCAAUUUUCUUUCAUCUUGCAUGCUGGACUCGACGGCAACAUUUCUGCAUAGAUUCAAAAUGCAUGUGAGACAAAGCAAAACACCCCGUUGGACGUGAAUGUGUGAGCUUUUGUGUCACCUACAGGAAUUUGUGACAUUUCGCAAGAUUUCUGGCAUUCCCACCUGGCAACAAUCCCUGGUCCACACAGUACUACACAAAGAGGAAUGCACAACCUGCAAAGCAUUGCUUCCACACAUCCAGUUCCACACUCUACACCACGAGCUGCAUCUCACAUCAUGUGCAGUCUCUCAUUUCUGUGUUUAUUUAAUGCUUCACUGUAUUAUCUGCCUGCACAGGUCAUUGUAAAUGAGAAUUGGUUCUCCACUGACCUAUCUGGUUACAUAAGGUUAAUUUAUUUGGCUAAUUAUUGAACUAUAAUUGAAGGGAAAUUUGUUAAGUGAUAUUUAUCGGGAAGUUAAAUACUAUUUUCCAUACUCACAAAUAAUGAGGGUGACAGGUUUUUUUUUUCCAGUUUUACAGCAUUCUGAGAAAAGAACAAGAAGAAUGCAGCUAUCUGAAGCCAUGCCUGCUAUAAUUGUGGAAGGAACAUUAGUCAAGCAUUUAUGUGAGGUCAUACUGUACCAAGGCAUGUAACUGUGCUGUCUGUACAAUAUUUUCCAGUUCAUGUUGUGGGGUUCCGUGCAUGUUUUGUAUAAUAAGCAGUGAUGAUGAGAAAAUGAGGCCCCAUGAAUCCCACAGUGGGUGGAGCUGCCGUCUGUUUUCAGUUUCUGAACCGCAUUAAAAACUACAGGGAAGCUAUUCUGAUUGGUUCAUGCGAGCGAGUCAUUGACGGCAUCUGUUUGCUUUACCCAGACUGGGGUUCAUGAACCCUCACUCUCCAAUCAUUAAUGAAAAGGAUAUCUGUCACUGGAAUGGCAGUGGUUGAUUCAUUUUAAAGCAUCCAGGAGAUAGCUGUGCGGUGUCCUAUUCCUCUCAUGUGCAGAGGCAUGUUUGUAUAUGAAAGCUUACCAUCAGUGUAUGGUGUUAACCGGUUCUGAACCUAAAGCUGGUCCAUGUGGUGAAUAACCUGUUUUACUGCGCGUUUUAAUGUGUCAGCGUGAUCUGCUGUAAAGAAAGAGAAAGAAGAAAGAGAAAGAAUUUAUUUUUUGUUUAUUUUGUACUGUUUUUGUAUUAAUUGUACAUAUAACAUACUGUAUGUCAGUUUGCAUUACGGAAUGAAUUUGCCUUGGGGAUUUUUUUCAUCACAUACCACGGUGAAGUUUUUAAUUGCUAAGAGGGAAACGCUGUAUGACAUCAAACGCCAAUUCAAGGUGAAGAAACUGAGCCGUCAGAUUCUAGCCAUCACUGCAUCGUCUCUACGGUUCCUACCCUGUUUAUGUUACUGUGUAUGUCCCCCGCUCAUUGGGAAGGAGUCACUGGCAAGCAGUGAAAAGAUCUGAACGCAAGCGGAUUCACAAUCACCGUCACUCAGCCAACCGUCAACCGCAUCAACAGUUGAUGCUAGCUUGGCACUGCCCCCUUCCCUGUAGCUGGGUUCUACGAUACUCAUCGCUAACUUAUUCACUCCUCCCACACCGUUUGACCGUGUUUAUUCUUUCUCCUGUCUUCCAAGUUCUGAAAUAAAAAACCUGAAUUUUGAAUGGCUCGUAAAAACAGGUGAGGAUUGAACAGACAGUAGAUAGUGAAAGUUCGCUGGUGAUACAGCUAUUCAGAAAUAAUAUCCAACAUCAUCAACAUCAGACAGUAGAGAGGGAAAAGAGAGAGGUGAUGACAUCUAAGAUACUACACUCUCAAAUCCUUUCUGACUGAGAACAGUCUGUUUGCCAAUUACCUCACUGCAACUCCCUGACAAAUCCGCAUACCCUUUGUGCCAAAGCUGACGCAAUGUUGAACAUCGGCUGAUUUUGCUGAAGCCGUACCUCCUCACAACUGUGCAAAUCACUGCCACUGAUACCAACAGGGCCCAAUCCAAAAGUCAGUCCCAUCUGCUGUUUUCCAGCUGAAACGUGUCAUCUCCCAGGGCUGAAGUUAUGUGACUCACUGGAUACUCUUAGGUAAAAUGUGUUACAUUUUGUGAUACUUUGAUCUGUUAUGAAAGUCCUCUGCUUUAAAAGAAAACUGUAAAUAAUGUCUGAUGCAUACAUGUGAUUCCUUUGCUGAUUUAAAGACUCAUUCCAAUGUCGAAGAAACUGAGCUUUAUGAGCAGCUCAAGGUUUACCGCAAGACAGCUACACUAAAAUAAUCUUUAAACGUCCAAUUCCCAGAUUUAUCCUUGUUUUAUUACCAUGGGGAAAGUAAUACAUGUGUUCAUAUGCACCUGGUCCAAGUCUUUGUAUUUAAUUGAUCCUGAUUUUAAGAUCAAAACCCAGUGGCCUGUAUUUGUGGAAGCAGUCUUGUUGUUUAAUUUAACUCUGAUGUUUUGUUAAUUAUGGUGUAAAAAUUUCAAAAGUGUAUACAACAUGACAUUAAAUGAACACUUUGU